UGUUUCGUAGUAAGCAUGAACCAAUCACAAGCGGUGCGUAAGCAUGAACCAAUCAAGCGGUGCAGACUUGUGCUGUUGACCACGCGCUGCACUGAUAUGCAUGUGAGGGAUUGCGAGUUGGCCUUGUAUCAUCUCAAUCCCCUCUCUACAUUACUACUGGAUAAUAUAAACAAGAUUUCCGAUGAGCAGAUUGCAGGAUUAAGAGCAGCUUUUGAAGCAGAUCCUAAGAACCUUCUUGCACAGAAUGCUGCCACCAAGUAUGAUCCUUUGGAGUUCUGUAUUCCUCAUCGUGCAGUAGGACAGAACCUUCAUGCUUAUACUCACAAAGUAGCUGAGGCAAAGCCGAUGACCAACCAGCGGAGCUCUGGGCGUUGCUGGAUCUUUGCCUGUCUCAACACCAUGCGUAUCCCAUUCAUGAAAAAACUCAACAUAGAGGAGUUUGAAUUCAGUCAGAAUCAUCUUUUCUUUUGGGAUAAGAUCGAACGCUCAAACUACUUCCUCACUUCCAUGGUUGAGAUCUUCAAGCAAGAGGAGCCUGUAGAGGGCCGUUUGGUCAGUUUCAUGCUGACCUGUCCAACGAAUGAUGGUGGUCAGUGGGACAUGCUGGUCAAUUUGGUGAAUAAGUAUGGAGUGAUACCCAAGAAGUGCUUCCCUGAGGCACACUCAUCUGGAGCAUCACGGAGGCUCAAUGUUACCCUUACAACUAAGUUGCGUGAUUAUGCCAAGGAGCUACGUGAUAUGGUAGAAAAGAAAUCAUCGACCUCAGACAUUGAGGCGAGGAUCAAGGAACAGAUGGCAGAGAUCUUCCGGGUAACCAGUAUCUGUCUUGGUAUCCCACCUACAACCUUCACCUGGGAUUACCAUGACAAGACCAAGACCUUUCAAUCUGUUGGACCAAUCACACCUAAAGACUUCUAUCAUCAGCAUGUCAAACCCGUCUUUAAUAUGGAUGAGAAGGUGUGCAUAGUGAAUGACCCACGACCAAAGAACAAGUAUGAAGAGAUGUAUACUGUCCAGUACUUAGGCAACAUGGUUGGUGGUCAGAAGACCCUGUAUAACAACCAACCCAUUGACAUUCUCAAAUCUACUGCCCUUAAAUCAAUACAGAAUGGAGAGCCCGUUUGGUUUGGAUGUGAUGUUGGCAAAUUUAGCACUAGGAAGACAGGCAUACUAGACACAAAAAGCUUGGACUAUGAGUUGGUGUUUGGAAUUCAGAGUUUACAACUGGACAAGGCAGAAAGACUUCUCUUUGGAGAAUCGUUGAUGACACAUGCUAUGGUACUCACGGGAGUCGGAACCGAUGGUGCUGAAAACGAGACCAAGACAACUAAAUGGAGGGUUGAGAAUUCAUGGGGUGAAGACACAGGCGAGAAAGGGUACCUUGUGAUGUCAGAUGAAUGGUUUUCUGAGUUUGUCUUUGAAGUGGUUGUUGACAAGGCAUACGUUCCUGCUGAAGUCCUAGCUGUCCAAACCAAGGAACCUAUCGUUCUACCUCCAUGGGACCCCAUGGGUUCUCUUGCACAUCCUGUCUCUGCCAAACUCUAAAUAUAUCAUAGGGUUCAUUCAAGUAAUCACAAAAUUAGAUCACAAAUAAAAUGCAUAUAUGAAAACACAGAAACUCCAACUUACCCAUUUUGGCAGGAUAUUUCCUGCUUUGAGUCCAUUAAAAAAAGUUAUUAAGCCAUCCAGCUUGAGUUUAAAUCUUUCCAGCCCAUCCACCUUAACAGUUACAUUUUUCAAAAUGUUAUAUUUGAAGUGGUUAUUUUUCUAACUGAUAAAUAAUCAUUGAAACUCAGCCAUAUUUUCAACUAUUACAAAUUGAAAUGUUCAGGGCCUGUCUCACAAUGCUUAGCAAUUGAUCAUACAGUUGAGUUUUACACUUUAUUGCAUAUCAUGAUCUUUGAAAUUAAUCUUAAUAUCAGCUCUGUGAUCAAAUGCCAAGCUUUAUGUUACUGGCAUCAGAAUUUUCUUCUUUUUUUUUUUAAUGGCUGCCAUGUCACUUUAUCCCUGAUAGAGGAAUUGACAUGAUACCAUGGCUUCAUUUUCGGGGUAAUAAUAAAGCUUUUAAACAGGACAUCACUUAUCUAAUCAUUUCAAGUAAAUGAUGAUUUUCCUAAAAUAACGAGAUAGAACAUACAUGUAGACAUAUUUAAUAUGUGAUUUAUGGAAUGCCAUGUGCCAGUGUGUUUAAUUUAUUCCCUUUUUAUUUGUUCAGGAAUUGUAUUUGUUCUCUGGUAUAUUGUGUCUAAUAUUUUAAGCUCUUAAACUUUCUUAGUGUGUAGAUAUAGUCACAAAUUCUAUUCUCGAAUAUAUAUAAUUAAUGGAGUGAUAUGUGCCAGUAUUGUUUUUAAAUUUUGGGUUCAGGGAUUUGGGUGAUUAAUUCACCAAAGAAUUUCUAAAAUAUUGUAUAUUAUGCUUCAUGGGUAAUUUCAUAAAUCAUUCUUUUAGUAUAUCCGACCCCCAUUUUCCUUAAUGUUAAUUUCACUUUAUGCCGGGUGUUGUCAUAUGAAACCAUGGAGUAGAGCCGAAUCACGCCAGGGUCCCGUUUCAUGAAGAGUUGUUAUAGUAAAUUCAGAAUUUCUAUAACAAGUUCACCAUCAGCCAAUCAGAUCGAAUGAUUUCAGUAGCUUUUAUCUGUUAUUGCAAAUUUAUAUAACAAGUUUUAUGAAACAGGUUCGAGAAAGCCCCUCCACCUAAUUAGGGGGUUGGAUUACAUACUUUCUUCAGGAGUUGUAUGGGUCCUCUUGUGGUUGCUCUCUCUCUUAUCUAAGCUUUAUACCAUGUUUGCUGUAGUCCCAUAAAUAUACAUUUCUCUUUGCAACCCAUUAGUCAAUUAAAUGCCUUGAGUAGAAGUUUUGAUCAGGUUUUUUUUUUCAAAGUUGGACAGAUUUCUGUGGUGUCCUGUAGAGAUUUUCCUUAGGCAGCCUUACCUGUAUCAGAGGGUCAGAAGUGCUGGUCACCUUUUCACCGAGGUAAACAAAGUUAAAUUAAACCAUGAUUUAAAAUUAGUGGUCUCUCUCCACUACAUGGGAAUGGUAAAAGAAA